AUGAGCAACUCACACCCCGCUGAGAAGGUCGAGUCGCGUUCAGCUGUUGCUGCUACCCUCAAUCAGGUUGGUCUUACCAAUAAUGAAGUCAUCACCUCGGUCGACACAUAUGUCCCACCCAAGAGAACAUGGAAGUCCUAUAUCUGGUCAACCCUAGAUGUACCUAAAGAUGAAGCGAAGUUCUUGACCAAGUUGGACAUUACGUUGAUCACUUCAGCUGCUUUGGGAGUCAUGAUUCGAUACUUGGAUCAAGUCAACCUCACCAAUGCUUUCAACAGUGGCAUGAAGGAAGAUCUCGAAUUGUACGGUAACGAGUUGAAUUUCGCCAAUGCCCUUUGGAGUGCAGCCUAUGUAUUCGGUCAAAUCCCUUCAAAUCUCUUACUCACCCGAGUCAACGCAGCUAGAUAUAUAGCUUUUCUUCUCGGUGGUCCGGAUUGGAUCUCUCUUAUAGGCGGUGAAGCUCAAAACCCUCGAAAGAUCUUACCUCGAGCGUUCAACUCAACCGUCGUCCGUAUUGUGGCAUUUUUCCUGGUCGGAGGUCUCUGUGUCGGUAUCAAUGCACCUUCGAACGAUCCUGAACUCCUUGGGGCUAUCGCAGCAGGUGCACCAGGUGCUGCCAAAUCCCCAUAUAUCAUUUCCAUGAACCGUCUUGGAAUUCCCGUUUUACCAGACAUCGUCAACGCUCUCGUCAUGCUUUCAAUCUUCUCCACCGGUAAUUCAGCUGUGUUUUGCUCAUCUCGUGGAUUGUAUACGCUCGCUCUCAAGGGCGGAGCACCCAGCGUCUUCAAGAGACUCAACAGAAACGGUGUCCCAUAUGUGGCGGUGACGGCAAUCCUGCUAUUCAGCGCUUUGGCGUACCUUUCCGUCAAUUCCGGCUCUGUCGUCGUACUGAACUGGUUUUUGUCCUUGGUUGGUGCAGCCAAUCUGGUCAACUGGACAUCCAUUGCUCUUACCUACAUGCGAUUUCGAAGAGGUCUUAUCGCCCAAGGUAAACUCAACAAUGAUUUCCUCCCUGUCCGAGCAUGGCUUCAACCCCUGUCCAGAGGAUGGGCAGGAGACAGUUUCGUCUUCACCUACGGAGCGGUCUUCAUUUUCGCUGGAUUCAUCAUCUUCUUCAAGACUUAUGAUGUACUAGUCAAGAAAAAACCUCUCAAGAUGUUUAUCCCCGCUGAAGAGAUCGACGUCACCACAGGAUUGGAGGUGAUCGAAGCUUUAACUGCUGCUAGUAAUAUCCAGGACGAACAGGAUAAAAAGACGAUGGGUAGAAAAGUGUCAGAUUUCUUCUUUUAG